CAGGAGCAGCAGCAGCAGCCCGGCCCCACACUCUGCAGCGGCGCCUGAACUGCCCCGUCUCUCCCGCUCCAGCCCCCUGCCGGCCGCGCUUGGCCGCCGGGCGCUCGGGAUCCCCCCGCCCCCUUCCCGGGCUGCCUGGCCGCCGAGGAGGAGCGGGCUGCCCGCACUGGGGUUUGCUGCCUGGCCGGAGGAGCCGGUGCCGGUGCCGGGCAGCGCCGCCUCGCCAGAGCCCAGAGGACGCGCCCGCCUGCAGGAUCCCCCGGCCCGCGCCGCCCCGCGGGGCUUUGCCAGGGCCGAGCUCUGAUGACUAGAAGUCACCCUCUUCAUCUUUGGUGUAGCUGUAAACAUGACUUGACAUCCUGAUGACUGCAUUCAGGCUCUUGGAUGAUCUGGUGCACCAUGGAGCUCAAAGUAUGGGUGGAUGGAGUCCAGAGAAUCGUUUGUGGGGUCACUGAAGUCACAACUUGCCAGGAGGUGGUGAUAGCCCUGGCUCAGGCUAUAGGUCGUACCGGAAGAUACACACUGAUAGAAAAAUGGAGAGAUACAGAGAGGCAUUUGGCACCUCAUGAAAAUCCUAUAAUUUCAUUGAACAAAUGGGGACAGUAUGCAAGUGAUGUGCAGUUAAUAUUACGCCGCACAGGGCCAUCCCUCAGCGAGAGGCCAACUUCAGACAGUGUUGCUCGAAUACCUGAAAGAACUUUGUACCGACAAAGCUUACCUCCAUUAGCCAAGCUAAGGCCUCAGAAUGACAAAUUAAUAAAAAGGAGGGAGCCAAAAAGGAAGUCUUUGACCUUCACUGGGGGUGCAAAAGGGUUAAUGGACAUUUUUGGGAAAGGUAAAGAAUCUGAGUUCAAGCAAAAGGUGCUCAACUGUAAGACAACAGGUGAAGAGUUGAAAAAACUGAUCCACCUCCAGACUGAGAAGCUUCAGUCCAUUGAGAAGCAGCUGGACUCAAAUGAGGCUGAAAUCCGAUACUGGGAACAGAAAUACAAUUCCAGCCUGGAAGAGGAAAUUAUCAAAUUUGAGCAGAAAAUCAAAAGAAAUGAAGUAGAGAUUGAAGAGGAAGAGUUCUGGGAAAAUGAACUGCAGAUUGAGCAAGAGAACGAGAAGCAGCUGAAGGAACAACUCCUGGAGAUCAGGCAAAGGAUCCUGCAGUGCGAGAGCAAGUUAAAAGACUAUAUGACUCAAAUCCACAGAAUGGAGAGUGGCCUUGAAGCAGAGAAGUUGCACCGGGAAGUUCAGGAGUCGCAGGUGAAUGAAGAAGAGGUCAAAGAGAAGAUUGAGAAGGUAAAAGGUGACAUUGAUAUUCAGGGCCAACAGAGUCUGAGGCUGGAAAAUGGCAUUAAAGCUGUAGAAAGGUCAUUGGGCCAAGCCACCAAAAGAUUACAGGACCGAGAACAAGAACUGGAGCAGCUAACAAAGGAGCUAAGACAAGUAAAUCUCCAACAAUUUAUCCAGCAAACAGGAACAAAGGUCACAGUGCUACCAGCAGACCCUACUGAAGUGGAGGCUUCACACACACAACUUGAAAGAGAGACAACAUUUCAGUCUGGGUCCCUGAAACGCCCAGGUUCAUCAAGGCAGCUCCCCAGUAAUCUUCGAAUUCUACAGAAUCCACUGUCAUCUGGUUUUAACCCUGAGGGCAUUUAUGUAUAACAAUAUAUACCUCUUCUGAAGAGGACCUAUGAAGGUACCAUGGACAGUAUAAGUUCCUUCCUUUUUUGAUUCUACCAAUGAUGAAUGAAAGAAGCUUUUCCUCUUUAAGCCACCACAUGUUGUUUCUUCAUUCUACACCCCACGUGGAGCCAUACCCCCUGCACUGAUGCAAAAGAACAAAGGAACUGUGUAGCUACACAGCUGGCAGUGUUGAAGUUGCUGUCUAGUAACUAUUGAUGCAAAAGCCUUCAUUUUUAUUAUUGCUACUUCAGAAGUAUUUAGAAAAGUAUUAUUCCAUAUAUAGGCAUAAAUAAAACACUGACUAAGCAGAGUGAAGGAACCUGUUUGCAACUGGUUUAAGGUUUAAUUUAUUCCAUGCAAUCCAUGGAGGUGUGAAUGUUGACCUUUACGGUGGUUUUUAUUUUAUUAUUUUAAACAUGUGACUAAUUAUAUAAUAUCGUAUUUCUCAGUC